AGGUGAGACAGCGAGAAAGAGGAGGGAAGGGAGACGGAAAGGAGAGAGUAAGUGGGAGAGGAUAGCAGUGAGGGGAGACGAGCGAGUGGGUCACAUUCCUCCUCCGUCCGCUGCUUUCCUGGGAGAGACAGAGAUCGAGGGAGAAGGAAGGAAAGCGCGUCUCAUAGUCCUCUCCACAGUGGACGGCUCGGGAGCCGGCACUUGAGGAGGAAGGUGUGUGUGUGCCUGUGUCUGUGUGCCUCUGUGUGUCUGUGUGUGUGUGUCUGUGUGUGCCUCUGUGUGUGUGUGUCUGUGUGUGUGUGUGUGUGUGUGCCUCUGUGUGUCUGUGUGUGUGUGUGUGUGUGUCUCUGUGUGUGUGCCUCUGUGUGUGUGUGUGUCUGUGUGUGUGUGUGUGUGUGUGUGUCUGUGUGUGUGUGUGUGUGCCUCUGUGUGUGUGUGUGUGUGGGUGUGUGCCUCUCUGUGUGUGUGUGUGUGUGUGUGUGUGUGUGUGUGUGUGUGCCUCUGUGUGUGUGUGUGUGUGUGUGUCACGCUGGUUGCUUAUCUUGUCAAUAUGGGGAAGUGGAUUCUUCAGAACCUUCCAGGUGCAGGCUAGAGUUACUCGAGACCUUUUAGACACACACACACACACACACACACGCACACACACACACACACACACACACACACACACACACACACACACACGAAAAAAGGAGUCAAAAGUGGGGGAAAGAGAGAGAGGGUGGGGAGAGAAGAGGAGAAAGCCGGUCAGAAGCAAAACUCCAAGAGGAUAUAAAUGGAAUUUCCGCGGUGAGGGCGAGCGAGAGGAGACGGCGCGGGUCCACAGCGUUGACUACACCUGCGGCGAAGGAUGAAACGUCUCGGGCUUGCGGACUGCGCCUCCGUUGGACUACACGUGAUGGGCAGUUUGACCACCGACCCGCGCCCUGCCUUCGCGUCCGGCUGCCAACUCAGGCUGCAUGUUCCCGUUUAAAGGUACCUCUACAUGAUCUACAAUGGAAAGACUGCUCUGUAGCCUGCUGGUGAUUGGAAUGGCAACGACAGUGUGCGCUUGUCCCAAGUACUGCGUGUGUCAAAACCUGUCCGAGUCGCUGGGGACCCUUUGCCCCUCCAAGGGUCUUCUGUUUGUCCCUCCGGACAUUGACCGGAGGACUGUCGAGCUACGGCUGGGAGGCAAUUUCAUCAUCGCCGUAAACCGGCAAGACUUUGCCAACAUGAGUGGCCUUGUUGAUCUGACUCUGUCCCGGAAUACCAUUGACUACAUCCAGCCCUACUCGUUCAUAGAUCUUGAGAGCCUCCGCUCCUUGCACCUGGACACCAACAGGUUGACGGAAAUCGGGGGCAAUGUUUUCCGGGGCUUGCUGAACCUCCAGCAUCUGAUCCUGAACAACAACCAGCUCCGCAGGGUGGAAGACGGAGCCCUGGACGACUUCUUGGUGACUUUGGAGGAUUUGGACUUCUCUUACAACAACCUGGGUAGCCUCCCGUGGGAGGCCCUCAGCAAGAUGACCAACCUCCACACGCUGAGCUUGGACCACAACCUCAUCGACUACAUCCCAGAGGGGACCUUUACGGACCUGCAGAAACUGGCCAGGUUGGACCUGAUCUCCAACAGGUUGCAGAAGCUGGCUCCGGACCCCAUCUUCGCCAGGUCGGAGCUGCUGGCCGUGUCCACCACCCCGUUCUCCACCCCGCUCAGCCUGACCCUGGGGGGCAACCCCCUCCACUGCAACUGCGAGCUCCUCUGGUUCCGCCGGCUAAACCGGGAGGACGACAUGGAGACCUGCGCCUCACCCCCGAACCUGAAGGGGAGGUACUUCUGGUACGUAUCGGAGGAGGAGUUUGUGUGUGAGCAGCCGUUGAUCACUCAGCACAGCCUCAAGGUCCUGGUGCUGGAAGGGCAGAUGGCUUCGCUGCGGUGCAAGGCUAUCGGGGAUCCCAGGCCGGUCAUCCACUGGGUCGCCCCCGAUGACAGGAUCCUGGGCAACUCCUCUAGGACUGUCGUCUAUGACAAUGGCACCCUGGACAUCCUCAUCACCACCUCCCAGGACUAUGGCACCUUCACCUGCAUCGCAGCCAACGCGGCCGGAGAGUCCACCGCCCCCGUCGAGCUCUCCAUCGUCCAGCUGCCCCACCUCAGCAACGGCACCGGGCGGGCACUACAGCCCGAUUCCCGGCUGUCCGACAUCACCAGCUCCAGCAAGUCGCAGCGGGGCGAGGCCAAGGUCAGGCCGGAGAAGAGGGUCACGGUGUCCCAAGUGACGGCCAGCACAGCCCUGGUCAGGUGGUCAGUGGGACGGUCAGCGCCCAAGGUCAAAAUGUACCAGCUCCAGUACAACAGCUCGUCCGAUGAAGUGUUGGUCUACAGGAUGAUCCCGGCUUCCAACAAGGGCUUCGUGGUGAAGAACCUGGUGGCGGGAGCGGGCUACGACCUGUGCGUGCUGGCCAUCUGGGACGACACGGCCACCACGCUCACCGCCACCAACGUGGUGGGCUGCGUCCGCUUCGCCACCGCGGUGGACUACGGCCGCUGCGCCGCCUUCCACGGCCAGUUCUUGGGCGGCACCAUGAUCCUGGUGGUGGGCGGCAUCAUCGUGGCCUCGCUACUCGUCUUCAUCGUGGUGCUGGCGCUGAGGUACAGGUUCUGCCGCGGCCACCAGAAGAUGUCCGACGUCAGCGACGUGUACUCCCAGACCCCGGCCGCCCCCGUCCACAAUGGGGUCCUGCCCCAGCUCCACCAAAAGUCGGGGGCCGCCGGGGACGGGACGGCCGCCUUCGACUGCCAGUCGGCCCGGAGCAGCCUCUCGUCCUCCACCUGCUCCAGCCAGGACUGCUAUAGCCUCCACAGCGACUCCAGCACCCUCUCCAAGAAGUGGAGGUCCACCUCCAGGUCCCGGCACAACAUGGACCGGCUGAUGGGGGCGUUCGCCUCCCUCGACCUGCGCUGCCAGAGGAGGGAGGACAGCCACGAGUCUGGGGCGUCCACCCUGGCCCGCUACUCGGACAAGGAGCCGCUGCUGGGACGCAGCGAAUCGCGGCUCAACAAGCUGCUCACCCUGCCCAUGGAGGGCAAGGCGCGGCGCAGCCAGUCCUUCGACAUGGGCGACUUCUCCUCCGGCCAGUGCUACAGCUACCCGCGCCGCAUCACCAACAUCUGGACUAAGCGGAGCCUGUCGGUCAACGGUGUCCUGCUGCAGUACGACGAGGACGGCCUGGAGAUCACCCGGGGGGCGUGCUGCAGCUCGGACUGGGUGAUGGAGAGCACGGUGUAGGAGG